AUGUCGAACGUUCACUUUCCUUACUCCAAGGCGCCGUUGCGCACCAUAAAGGAGAUUCAGUUUGGUCUCUUUUCGCCUGAAGAGAUCAAACGCUUGAGUGUGGUCCAUGUCGAAUAUCCUGAGACAAUGGACGAGCAGAGAAUGCGCCCACGAACCAAAGGUCCAAAUGAUCCGAGGCUGGGAACUCUCGAUCGCCAAUAUUAUUGUGAAACCUGUGAGGAGGGUCAGAAAGAGUGUCCAGGACAUUUUGGUCAUAUCGAGCUUGCAACCCCUGUUUUUCACAUCGGUUUUCUUACAAAGACUAAGAAACUACUGGAGACUGUCUGCCACAACUGUGGUAAGAUCAAAGCAGAUAUGAGCGACCCCAAAUUCCAGGAUGCGCUACGUAUUCGCGACCCGAAACGACGGUUUGAUAUUAUCUGGCGUCUGUCGAAAGAUGUUGCCAUUUGCGAGGCCGAUCCUCUACCAGAGGACGAAGAUCCUUUCUCCAAGGAAGGCUCGAAACCGCAUAAGGGACACGGUGGCUGUGGUAAUGCUCAGCCCACUAUCCGUAAAGAGGGAUUGAGUCUCGUCGGAACCUGGAAACCGAACAAAGCGAACAUGAUGGAAGACGAUAUUGAUAUUCCUCAACCCGAGAAGCGAACUAUCACCCCCGCGAUGGCUUACAAUAUCUUUCGCAGCAUUUCGCAUGAAGACGUGAGGAUCAUGGGUCUAAGUAACGACUACGCCCGUCCUGAAUGGAUGAUCCUCACCGUUCUCAUUGUCCCUCCUCCCGUCGUCCGUCCCAGUGUUGUUAGCGGCAAGAGCUCCAGCGGUCAACGUGCUGAAGAUGACUUGACAUUCAAACUCGCAGAAAUCAUCCGUGCGAAUCAGAAUUUACAACGAUGCGAACAAGAAGGCGCGCCAGAACACGUUGUUCGGGAAUUUGAGGCCUUACUUCAGUAUCAUGUUGCCACGUAUAUGGACAAUGAUAUUGCCGGACAACCCAAGGCUAUGACGAAAUCUAAUAGGCCAGUCAAAGCGAUCCGUGGUCGUCUGAAAGGGAAAGAAGGCCGCCUCCGACAAAACUUGAUGGGAAAACGUGUCGACUUUUCGGCCCGUACUGUAAUUUGUGGAGAUCCCAAUUUAUCUCUAUUUGAGGUCGGCACUCCUCGGUCGAGCGCGAUGAUUUUGACGUAUCCAGAAGUCGUCACGCCAUACAAUAUCGAAUUUUUGCAAAAACUCGUUAAUAAUGGCCCCACAAUCUACCCUGGUGCGAGAUACAUUGUGCGGGAUAACGGUGAGCGAAUAGAUUUGCGCAUGGCGCGGAAGACAAGUUCCAAUCUUCUCUACGGUUGGAAAGUCGAGCGCCAUCUCCUUGACGGGGAUGUGAUUCUCUUCAACCGUCAGCCGUCGUUGCACAAGGAAUCUAUGAUGGCUCAUCGUGUCCGUGUGAUGCCUUAUUCCACCUUCCGGCUUAAUCUAUCGGUUACCACACCUUACAACGCCGAUUUCGACGGUGACGAAAUGAACAUGCAUGUACCUCAGAGCGAAGAAGCUCGUGCUGAAUUACAGGAACUUGCCCUGGUUCCUCUCAACAUUGUGUCACCACAGAGAAAUGGUCCCUUGAUGGGUAUUGUACAGGAUUCUCUGUGUGGUAUCUACAAAAUUUGUCGCCGUGAUGUGUUUCUUACCAAGGAUCAAGUUAUGAAUUUAAUGCUUUGGGUUCCGGACUGGGAUGGCGUCAUUCCUCAGCCGGCCAUUCUGAAGCCCCGACCUCGUUGGACCGGAAAGCAGAUUAUCAGCAUGGUGUUGCCAUCUGGACUCAAUUUGCUCCGUAUCGAUAAGGAUAAGGCUCCACUUUCAGAGAAAUUUUCGCCCUUAGCAGAUGGCGGACUUCUGGUACACGGCGGCCAGUUGAUGUAUGGCAUGUUCUCGAAGAAGACCGUCGGAGCUUCCGGCGGCGGUAUUGUUCAUACUAUCUUCAAUGAGUAUGGACCCGAUGCCGCAGUAACUUUCUUCGAUGGUGCGCAGCGCGUUGUCAAUUAUUGGCUUCUCCAUAAUGGCUUCUCCAUCGGUAUUGGUGAUACAAUUCCCGAUAAGAAGACCAUUGAACGAAUUGAGGCCGCAGUCCGUGCUGGUAAGGCAGAGGUUGAACAGAUCGUCCAAAGUGCAACUGAGAAUACACUGGAGCCAUUGCCCGGUAUGAAUAUUCGAGAGACAUUCGAGAGCAAGGUAUCUCGUGCGUUGAAUAAUGCUCGUGAGGAGGCCGGUAGCGAGACCGAAAAGAGCUUGAAGGAUCUCAACAAUGCUGUUCAAAUGGCAAGAUCUGGCUCCAAGGGUUCCACCAUCAACAUUUCGCAAAUGACGGCUAUUGUUGGGCAGCAGUCUGUCGAGGGAAAACGUAUUCCUUUCGGAUUCAAGUACCGUACGCUUCCUCACUUUACAAAGGAUGACUAUUCUCCGGAGUCCAGAGGCUUCGUGGAAAAUUCCUACCUUCGAGGGUUAACGCCAACCGAAUUUUAUUUUCAUGCGAUGGGCGGCCGUGAGGGUCUUAUUGAUACUGCAGUAAAGACUGCUGAAACAGGGUACAUUCAACGUAAACUUGUCAAGGCUCUUGAGGAGCUCAUGGUUAAGUAUGAUGGAACUGUCCGAAACUCGCUUGGCGAUAUUAUCCAAUUCUUGUACGGAGAGGACGGUUUGGAUGGUGCUCACAUUGAGAACCAGAGAGUGGAUAUUAUCAAAUGCUCUGACGAACAGUUCCGUGACCGUUUCCGCGUUGACCUCAUGGACCCGGAGCGCACGCUCGGACCUGAAGUCCUCGAACAAGCCGCUGAAAUUGAAGGUGACGUAGAAGUUCAGCGCUACUUGGAUGAGGAAUGGGAGGCUCUUUUGAAGGACCGGGAGUUCCUUCGCUCUGUCGCCAAGGGAGACGAAGAAAUGAUGCAGUUGCCACUCAAUGUUCAGCGUAUCCUCGAGUCGGCUAAGACCACGUUCCAUAUCAAGGAAGGUACCAUCAGCGAUCUUCAUCCCGCUGAGGUCAUUCCUCAAGUUCAGGCUUUGUUAGAUCGCUUGGUCAUUGUUCGUGGUGACGAUGUGAUCUCAAAAGAAGCACAGACUAGUGCCACGCUCUUAUUCAAGGCUCAGCUGCGUUCUCGCUUAGCCUUCAAGCGAUUGGUCACGCAGUAUUCUAUGAACAAGCUUGCCUUCAACCACGUUUUAGGAGCAAUCGAGAUGCGUUUCGCGCGAGCUCAAGCUAAUCCAGGAGAAAUGGUCGGUGUUUUGGCCGCUCAAUCUAUUGGAGAACCUGCCACACAGAUGACCCUUAAUACGUUUCAUUUUGCUGGUGUGUCGAGUAAGAACGUUACUCUUGGUGUCCCUCGUUUGAAAGAAAUUUUGAACGUGGCCACCAACAUCAAGACGCCUUCCAUGACGGUUUACCAAGAGCCUCACAGGAAGCAUGACAAGGAGUCUGCCAAGCAGUUGCGUAGUGUUGUGGAACAUACAAGUCUUCGCUCGGUCACGGAAGCUACUGAAAUCUACUAUGACCCAGAUAUCCAGUCUACCGUCAUUGAGAACGAUAGAGAUAUGGUUGAGUCGUACUUUAUCAUCCCAGAAGACGUUGCCGAUGAUUCCAGUCGUCAGUCCAAGUGGCUUUUGCGUAUUGUUCUGAGUCGACCCAAGCUUUUGGAUAAGGGGCUCACUGUUCAAGACGUUGCUACUAGGAUCAAAGAGCAGUAUCCUAGAGACAUUGCAGUCAUUUUCAGUGAUAACAACGCUGAUGAGCAAGUUAUCCGUAUUCGCCAACUUCAUGACGCCAAGGAAGACGAAGAUGAAGAAGACAUGGAAUAUGACGUGACUCUCAAGAAGCUUGAGCAACAUUUGUUGGAUACUUUGACUCUGCGUGGUGUAGCUGGUGUCGAGCGUGCUUUCAUCAAUGAGAAGGACAAUGUUCGCGUUAUGGAGGAUGGUUCUUUGUUCCAGAGCAAGACUGAUCCUCUCUGCAAGGAAUGGGUUCUCGAAACAAGUGGAUCGGCUCUCGCCGACGUACUUACGAUCCCAGGUGUUGACACCAGUCGAACUUAUUCCAACCAGUUUAUCGAAGUGUUUGAAGUGUUCGGUAUCGAGGCUGCUCGUACGGCGGUCUUGCGAGAAUUGACUCAGGUGUUGGCUUUCGACGGUUCUUAUGUCAACCAUCGUCAUUUGGCACUCUUAGUCGAUGUUAUGACGGUGCGUGGCUAUCUUACACCUGUUACACGUCACGGUAUCAACCGUGCCGACAACGGUGCUUUGAUGAGAUGUUCAUUCGAAGAAACUGUCGAAAUUCUUCUUGAAGCGGCUGCUUUUGGAGAACUUGAUGAUUGCCGUGGUGUGUCUGAGAAUUUGAUUCUCGGUCAAUUGGCCCCCGCUGGAACGGGAGAGUUCGAUGUGUAUCUCGACCAAAAUAUGCUAAAUACGGUAGUUUCAAGCAACACUGGAAUUGGAUUAAUGGGUGGUCUUGGAGCCAAGGACGCGAUGAUCAACGAUGGAGCAGCUACUCAAUACGACAACAACUCCCCCAUGAUGGAAAACGGCUAUAUCGGUACCCCAGACCCGGACGCCAAGUUUUCGCCUAUCCGACAGGCAGGGUCAGAGACACCUGCGGGCUUCACAUCAUAUCAACCAUCUCAGGGGUUAGGAGGUUUCAGCCCAGCACCUCAGAGCCCUGGUGGUUAUUCGCCUACCAGCCCAUUCAAUACAAGCCCCGUCUCUCCGGGUUAUUCGCCGUCAUCCAGUUACUCACCAGCUUCCCCUGGCAUGUCGAUCACGAGUCCCCGCUUCGUUACGUCUCCAGGCUUCUCCCCAAGCAGUCCCAAUUUCCAAACCACGUCACCUGCUUAUUCCCCAACAUCUCCAUCCUAUCAGCAGGCCUCCCCAUCAUAUUCGCCAACCUCUCCUAGAUUCUCACCUUCGUCUCCCAAUUACUCGCCUUCCAGUCCAAACAUGUCGCUAAGCAGCCCGGCAUUCUCGCCGACUUCGCCGACAUAUAGCCCGACAAGUCCAGCAAUUGGUGGUACUAGACAGUUCUCUAGUCCAACGUCACCUAAGUAUUCGCCUGCCUCACCAGCAUGGAGCCCUACAAGCCCUGAGAUCUAUUCUCCCACAUCUCCCAAUAUUCAUGGCUCCCCGACGUCACCUGCCCGCGGUGGAACUUCGCCUAGUUACAGCCCGACUUCACCGCAGUAUAACCCAACGUAUGUAUAUACCAAUCCUGGCGAAGUCCCCGCGCCAGUAGAUUGGAAGUGUUGA